AUGUUUAUGCUCCGAAACGUGAGCAAAUUUGUCUUCGGAGAUACUUCCAAAGAGUCGAUCAUCGAAAUCCCACAAGGCCAGCUGUAUUUGGUUCGGCCUUUGUCACCCAAAGGGUACUCAGAACUGAUCUUCAAAGACGCCGCGGCCACUAUCCGACGAACCGGUCAAGAGUUUCAAUACCAGCUCGUGAUCCAGAGAGCCUAUGAAGAAGGAGAGGAAGAGCUUGCCGACGACGAGGACGAACAAGGUGCAGCGGAUGGUUUAGACAAAGACGAAAAGGUGUUCCUUUUGGAUCAAAGUCUUCAUUUUCGUUCCGAAGUUCGCGACGGAUCUGUUAAGAUUCUUGCCUGGGACGAUCUGAGCGGAGACGAAGGUGACCUUUUCGAGUUCAUUUGUGAUCCUUCGGUUCCAUCCGACAAAGUUGCCACCUUUGAAAUUGCUGCCGUGGAGUGUCAAUACGAGCGCAAGUACCGUCGCAGUGCCCAGAAAGCCACCCAACAGGAGCUUGAAGAGUUUUCCUUCCAAGAGGAGAAGCCCAUCCCCUCUGCGAGCCCGAUCACCUCCCCCAUCUCACACUCCCGCAACCAAUCUUUGACUGCUGAAGAAACAGCCGCCGAAAUGGCAAAGGACGUGAAAUAUGCCCAGUCCAAGGGACACAUCAAGUCAGUUGCAUUCGAUGACCAGCCCACGACCGCUCCGGCCGCUGCUGCUCAACCCGAGGCCAAAGAAGUUCUCACAAAGGAGAAGGCCGAGCUUCACCUGUUUGACUUUGCAACUGGAACUUUCGUGCUCCAGGACUCUGACAUUCUUGCUACUGUUUCGGAAAUUGGGAACUGGCAGUACUGGCUACAGAUUACCGGUAACGAGAAGGAGUGGUUGGGUCAGGCUGUCGUGGGAGAUAUCAACCCUGUUUUCAACUUUGAAUACCUUUCUUUCAUUUUCAACCACUACGCCGAAGAUGGGUCCGCGUACUCAUGGCUACUACGAUUCAAGGAUCAGCCUUCAGAGGAACGAUUCCAAGAAGGUCUGAUGCAAGCUCUGUGGGAGCAGCUCAAUGAAAUGAAGUGGACCAAGGUCAAGGAGAACGAGCGUGAAUACGUUCUGGAUGCCUUCCAAGAUCUGACUAUGGAAGAUGCCGAUGACAAACCAGAGGAGGAAGAGGAAGAGGAGGAAGAGCCUGACGAGACUGACGAAGACGAUGGUCAGCGCAGCGAACACUACGACAGUGACGAGGAGGAGGAUGAUGUCGUCACUCGCGACGAGGAUGGAAACAUCAACUCGCAACUGGCUGUCGGCUACAAGCAUGACCGCUCAUUUGUGGUUCGUGGCUCAAAGAUCGGUGUCUUCAAGCACACUCCCAACAACAACCUGGAGUUCUCAACUACCAUCUCGAAGGUGGAGACUCCUGGCGGCAAGCUAUUUAGCCCAAAGAAGGUGAUGCUGCACGCGGAGGAUCAAAACUUGAUUCUUCAAAACGGCGAAGAUCCCAACUCUCUGUUCCGAAUGGAUCUGGAGUAUGGUAAGGUUGUCGAUGAGUGGAAGGUCCAUGAUGAUAUUUCUGUUGAUACCUUCGCUCCUGAGAACAAAUUCUCCCAGAUGACCGGUGCCCAGCCCUUCGUCGGUGCAUCCAAGAAUGCACUGUACCGCAUUGAUCCUCGUCUUGCCGGUACUAAGCUUGUCGAUUCCGAUCUGAAGCAGUACGCCAGCAAGAACGAUUUCUCUGCCAUGGCCACCACUGAGAAGGGUUAUCUCGCCGUUGCAUCCAAUAAGGGUGAUAUUCGCAUGUUUGAUCGUUUGGGUAUCAACGCCAAGACUCAUAUCCCAGCUCUUGGUGAAGCUAUUAUUGGUCUUGACGUGUCGGCGGAUGGACGCUGGGUGCUCGCAACAUGCCGCACUUACCUCCUGUUGAUCGACUCUAUGCAGAAGGAUGGCAAGAAUGAAGGCAAACUUGGCUUCGAGAAGUCCUUCGCUAAGGAUUCGAAGCCCCAGCCCCGUCGCCUUGGAUUGCAACCUGCGCACGUCGCACAAUUCCAGCACGAAACUAAGAAGCCCUUGGCAUUUACCCCUGCCCGCUUCAACACUGGAGUUGACAAGGACGAGACUUCCAUCAUUACCGCCACCGGUCCCUUCAUUAUCACCUGGUCGAUGAAGAAGCUUUUGGCUGGUCGUAAAGACCCCUACACCAUUAAGCGCUAUGGCGAAGAUGUCAUGGCCGAUAACUUCCGUUUCGGCUCCGACAAGAACGUUAUUGUUGCACUUCCUAACGAGGUCAACAUGGUCGCUAAGCGCAGCUUCCAGAAACCUACCAGAGAGAGUAUUGCAGGCCCUGUCACACCUAGCCGUGCACGCAGUGGCAGAUUCAGCAGUCACUUGGGCCGCAAUGAUAUCGUCAACUCUCCUUAUUAA